GGUGGCAGAGGGGACCAGCCGAUGGUGUGAUGUCUGCGGGGCGAUGGCUGCUGGUGUAUUCCGCUGCGUGUCGGCGCUGGCUUUUGGGACCUCCGUGACCACCCCAGCACGGUGACUGCACGCUUCCAGCAUGGGGCACAAGGUGGUGGUGUUCGACAUCUCUGUCGUCAGAGCCCUGUGGGAAACGCGAGUCAAGAAGCACAAAGCCCGGCAGAGGAGGGAGGCGCAGCGGCUGGAGCAGAGCGCCCUGGAAAAGAUAAAGCAGGAGUGGAACUUCGUGGCGGAGUGCCGGAGGAAGGGCAUCCCCCAGGCCCAGUACUGCAAGAAUGGCUUGGUGGACAAUGGCGCCAGGCUUCUGGACAGGAUAGAGCAGGGCUCCCUCGCCAGACGGAGCUUGUGUGCCAAGGACGGGGCUCGACGCAGCAGCCGGUUCGUGUUUGAGCUCUGUGGGGAGCACUGGAAGGAGCUCCCCGAUUCGCUGAAGGAGCAGACACACCUGAAAGAAUGGCACAUAAGCAACACGCUGAUUCAAGUCAUUCCUACGUACAUCGAGCUGUUUCAAGCAAUGAGAAUUCUGGAUCUGCCAAAAAACCAAAUCUUGCACCUUCCAGCUGAAAUCGGUCGGCUGAAGAACCUGAAAGAGCUCAACGUGAGUUUCAACCACCUGACAAGCAUCCCUGAGGCCCUGGGGGACUGCGUGGGGCUAGAGAGGCUGGACUGCUCUGGGAACCUGGAGCUCACGGAGCUCCCCUUUGAAUUAAGUAACUUGAAGCGAGUUACAUUCCUAGACAUCUCAGCCAACAAGUUUGCCAGCGUCCCGAUCUGCGUCCUGCGCAUGCCCAGUCUGCAGUGGCUGGAUAUCAGCAGCAACAGCCUGAGCGACCUCCCGCAGGACAUAGACAGGCUGGAAGAGCUCCAGAGUUUCCUCCUGUAUAAAAACAAGCUGACUUACCUUCCUCAGGCCUUGCUCAACCUCAAGAAGCUCACCUUGCUGGUGGUCAGCGGUGACCAUUUGGUGGAGUUCCCAAGUGCCCUCUGCGAUGAGUCCUCACCUUUAAAGUUUGUCAGCCUCAUGGACAGCCCCAUCGCCAAGACCGGGAGUGAGCAAGGUCAGGACAGCACGGAGAGUGAACAGGACCGCCGGCAUCUCGAUAAGGAAUUUAUGAAGGCCUACAUCGAAGACCUCAAAGAAAGAGAGGCCGUUCCCAGCUACACCACCAAGGUAUCUUUCAGCCUGCAGCUUUGAUGUCGCCCACCGGAGACCGCCCGACCUCGCUGCCCUCGUGCGCAGGCCGUGUCACUCAGGAAUCGUGACGUCACGGCCGGGAACUUCCAGGCCCAGCGUGUGGCCCCCUCCCGUGAUCCCCAGCUCCCAAGAGGCGGAGGCAGGAGGACUGAUGUGAGUUUGAGGCCAGCCUGGACUACAGAGGGAGACUGUCUCGAAACACCAAAGGAAAAAACUUCAAAAUGUUGUCUUCUGUGGGCUUGAGACGGAUAGAUUACACGGUAAUAUCAGUUACGUAUUCUUGUUUCCAAAGAGUGCACAUUUAACAUGUUAAUGUUUUACAGAAUGCAUUCUUUUUCAAAAAUAAAACUUAACGACCAAAUUCUGAGAUAUUUUCAGGCAUGGAGGGCUGAGGGGCUAUAGAAAGAGUGCUUCUAGCGGACUCUACAGAGGCGGGUUUUGUUGCUAUGAAAGCGCUUUAAUGUAUUCUCUCUCUGACUGAAAACAUCGUUCCUUGGGUUUGUGCAGACCGCUGUUUGCGGAGAUUCUAAAUUACGCUUUAAAUUCUAGUCUGGCUCUCGGGAGAGGCUUCAGGUAUAAUCUGGGCCUGGCGCUGGGGCUGGGACUCCCUCAGGGUGAGCAGAGGCUGUGUCCUCAGGGCUGUGUUAUCCACAUUAGAGCGGGGGACACGAGCAGGCCACCCCCAAUGAGCCCCCAGCAGAGCAUCCUAGAGGUGCCGCAGGGCAGCGGGACGAAGGUGGGCCCAUCACGGGGCUUGGACUCUUCCAGCGUAAGCGCGCGAGGUCUGUUUUUAUACUGUUGUCCUGGGCCGAGAGAAACAGGAAGUGGCCUAUUGUCUUGAGAAAUGUGUGUCAGUAGCUCUGGGGAUUAAGAAGGAAAAUCCGCACGCUGUCACCUGCAAGGCCUGGCCCGGUGCCUUCCAGGGGACUUCACGCAGGGAUGAAAGGCGGUAACUGUCAGGCCCGGGGCUUCCCAGCACGGCACCAGCCACUGCUGCCACCCAGCAGCCCACUCUGGAGUAGAAUUUACUAAAACAGCUGCCACAGCGGGCAGCCAGGCGUGGCCGGUGCGAGCUUUCGGAAGUUUAUCUGGGGUGGAAAUGAAGGGUGAUGUUUUUCGUGCUGGAAGAGCAAACCUGUCCUCGAGGCUGGCCUUUACAAGGGGUUCGAGGUGCUCUGUGGAUGUGAACAGUCCGGGGCCCUCCAGAUGUUUUAUUUUCCACAACUGCAGAGUAAGCAGAGCGAUGGAAGCCACACAGAAGGAUGGGAAGACGAAGGAGCAGAAAAAUGAGGACUCACUUUAAGUAAGCCUUAGACAAUGGUGGUUUUCUUCUUAACGUUUAAAAAAGCAAAUUCAGAUUAAUUAGUUGUACUACGUGGAGGAUUUUGGGAUCUUGUUUUUUUGUCAAAGUACACGUUAAAUAUAGCCAGAAGUACACCGCACCUGCCUCACAAGCACAAGGUCCUGAGUUCAAUCCCUGGUACCAGGAAAAAUAAAAAAAAAGACAAGACAAGAAAAAAAUAUAUAGCCAAAUGUAAACUAUGUGUAAAACUGUGUACAAAGGCAGGAAAUGGAAGCUUUCAUGCAACUAGACUGCCCAUAAUUCUGCAAAUGUCAUUUCAAUAAAACCAAUCUUUUGUGUAAAAUCCU